AUGGAACGAGGCUUGUGGCCGUCCAAAGCAGACGAGACGAGAUUUGGUAUGAAAAGUGAAAAGCUCGUAACUGGCCAGCGUUUCUGUCGCUUUCGUGUGUUGCUACUGCUUGCUGCAUGUGGCCAUGUCUGUCUCGGCGAGUUCGGCACAGCUCCAUCGGAUUUGCGCCACCGCAAACCAGCCUCCGACGGUUUCCACUUUGAAAGCAAUCUUCCCAUCUCCGAUGGGCCCGAUCUACCAAUUCCAUCCAACCGACGUCUCGUCGUUCACGUAAGAGUCGACGUCUAUCCUCCUUUCACGUCGCUGAUGCUCAUCUUUUUCCCUUUUUUUCUUUUUUCGCUUACUUCAUCUCAUCAACUGGCCCGUCUCGCUCCGCUAAGCACCACUUCGGAAUGUACCACUUUCUGUCGAGAAGUGACAGUGUCCAACCUCUCGCAGCAAAAGUGUCAUUGCUCGCCUCGAGUCUGCGUUCAGUCAUCUCGGCUGUCGAAUGUCAUCGCUUCAUCUGGCCUCUUGUGUUGCAGUCAAGCGUGA